AUAUGUAUCCAUCUUACAUAACUUAUUGGGGAAAAAAAAUCCACCAGAUACAUGGUGAAGUUGAGGGAAGUAUCGUCCCUAUUUCCUAGCAUGAACGUCCAUCCUUUCCUCUAUUAUCUUAGACAAAAUAAACCCAAACAAAUCACAUUUAUUUUCAAAUUUUUAAGAAUAUGACUUCUUUCAAGGAACUUGCCAAGUUGCUCAACUAGUGCAAAAAUGAUCCCUAUUCAACCAACUCAAUACCCAAAAGUAAAAACAAAAAAAUUAUAUAAAUAAUAAAUAAAUAAAUAAAUAAGAAAUUAAAUAAAACAACCCAUAAAAUCCACCGACGCGCUUUAUGGUUAUACUUUAUCCAAACAACUAUUAUUACAUUAUUUACACUUAGUCAAAACUACACCCUUUAAUUAUCAUAACAGAAUUAACCACUUCCUCCCCUUUCAAAUUUCACUCUUUAUAUGUUCAUCCUCCUUUGUUUGAGGCAACCGUUUAUCUCUUCUCCACACCACCACUACCACCACGGCACCGCCCCGGUUAUUCUCGAUAUCGUUAUACGUACGUACGAGAUUCAAACUGGGCUGUUAUUGUUGUUGUUGUUGUUUGAAAUACACAUACAUAACAACUUGAUCACCCACAAAAAUAGAAAAAACACAUCAUGGUUGAUCAAAUCAAGCAACUAAGAGACAUAUUUACACGAUUCGACAUGGACUCAGACGGCAGCAUAACAGUGCUAGAGCUAGCUGCAUUGCUAAGGUCCUUAGGCCUUAAGCCAUCAGGUGAUCAGCUAGAGAUCAUGCUAGCCUCAAUGGACUCAAAUGGCAAUGGAAGCAUCGAAUUUGAUGAGCUAGUAAGCGCAAUUAUGCCUGAUAUGAAAGAAGAAAUACUAGUGAAUCAAGGGCAGUUGUUGGAAGUGUUCAGAAUAUUCGACCGCGAUGGUAAUGGUGUUAUCACAGCUGCAGAGCUUGCAGGAGCAAUGGCUAAAAUGGGUCAGCCUUUGACAUACAGAGAGUUAACAGAGAUGAUCAAUGAAGCCGACGCGAAUGGUGAUGGAGUUAUUAGUUUUCAUGAGUUUGCUUCUAUUAUGGCUAAAUCUGCUGCUAAUUUUCUUGGUCUUCCUGUAUCAUAAUAGCCAGAGAUUUAUGUGAAAAUUAGUUGGUUUGUUUAAUUUUCUUUUUUCUUCAUCCAUUUUAAUUUUGGGUGUGAACUAACUGUACCUUUUUUUUUUAAUCCUUUGCAUAUUACACUGCUACUAUAAGCUAAAUUUCAGAAAGUUUUAUCUUAACAAUUUCAUAGGUUUAUGUUUCAUAGAUUUGGGAGAUCUAAAAACUUAGAAAACAGGGGAAUUUUGACAUUUUCUAUAUAUUUUUUUUUCUGCAGUGAAAUAUUUGUUUGACUUAUUCCAUGUACAUUUGACAUUUCUACUGGUUUGGCUAGUUCUUUUACAGAUCUAGUUUUCAGAAUUUUCUCAAAUAUUUUAAUAAAAAAGACAGGUUC